CUCAAUCAAUUCAUUCACUAAAUCAGCAGUACACAUUGGUAUAGACAGAGAGAGAUAGUGGAAGCUUUGUAGAGGGAAAAAACAAAGAAAUGUAUGCUCAGGAAGGGCUACUUUUUCCCUACUUCCAGAGCUUCUCUCAAGAAGCUCAACAAAUUGAAGGGUUCUAUUGCUCUCAAAGACCCAAUGCUUCAAUGACAUCAUCGAUAUCAGAAUAUGAUCUUGGAGGAGAAGGGGAUCUCUUCAAGGCUCCAGAACCAAUAAUUGAAGAAGCGCUGUUGGAUCUUGAUCCAAUGACGGCUGCCAUCUCGUUGAUUUCUUGUGCAGAUGAUGUCAUCUCCCCACACAAUGUUGAGGUUUCAGAUAUCGAGAACGGGCAGAUCCUCAGUGAGGUUUUCUACGAAUGCAAGAAGGAUCUCUUAGUGAAGGAUGGAAUUGAAGCACCACUCUCUCAAGUCCUUGAAGAUGUCACAAAGACCAUUGAAAAGUGGGCAUCAGAGGAACAUUUGGAUUCUCAGGGAUCACUUCAGAAGACUGCCAGUGCAGAGCAUCUGAACACCAUGGUGGACUGGAUACAAGGGGACAGUUCCUCGCUGAGGCAAAGUAUUUUCAAUUUUCCAGUGAAGGACUUUGAUGCUGUGUAUGGGAUGAAAAGAUCGCUCAGUGAAGGAGACAUAAAGGUCUGGUUUAACUUUUCCUCUUGGUCAUACGCUACUGUUUUGGCUCAUCAUCAUUUUUGCUUCAUUGGUUUGACAUCUCAACUAUGGUGAGCGAGCUGGUUUUGAUUGGAUGUCUUCCUACCAACAUAGUCAUAGAGGUGCCUUAGUAGAACAUAGUGCAGGGAGCGUGCUUGUAGUAUUAAAAAUGAUAUUAAAAAAAAAGCAUUUUUGUGCACCUUCUAAUUCCUAAAGGAAGAAAGGCCUUAAGAUGAUUUCAAAGAGAGAAAAAAAGGCCUUGGAUUAAACUAAAUUCUUAAAGCCCGGUAGACUCAUUAGGAUUUUAGCUAAAGACUAGGGGUGGGGCGACCAGAUUCCAGAAAAUGCUAGGGACAAGAAAAGUAAUUUUUUUGUUUGUCCUUAACUUGAAAAUGGAGCCAAAGGCUCACUACUUUUUGGCUUUGGUGUAUGAUGGAAUAAAGCAAAAUAAUUCUUUAAACUGCAUGUGCUUCUUUUAAUAGUGAAGUAGCAGUUAGUAAAUGCAACUUUCAACGUUCAUUAUGGGUCACUUGGAAACAGUCGCUCUAUGCUUUAAACGUUGGUGUCAGGCUUUGAGGCAUUGGGGUAAUGUUGUAGUUGUUGUUUGUCAUUAACUUGAAGAUGGAAAGGAAAAUUUAAGUUACAUAUAUUUAGAGUUUCAUUCUAUAUAGCAGUUAGCAAUCCCCUUAGCAUACAUAUAUUGUUAAAGAGUAUCCCACAUCGGAAAAGUGUAAAGAAAAUAAUGGGUAUAUAAGCUCUUGAGUUGAACUAAGUAAUCGAUUGGAUUCAAUCUUUUAAUGUGGUUUGACCCAUGUGUCUUAUAGCCCAGUCCAAGUGAUCCCUACUCCAUUCUAAAUUCUAUCAUGGUAUCAGAGCAGGUUUUGGCCCACCUCGUUUUACCAUACAGGUAUGUACCCAACGGCCUGUGGCCCGUUUCACCUGAUUGCUCGUCUGGAAGUACAAACCCAGCGGCUCGUGGUCCUUUAGGUGUUGGCGCUCAAAAAAAUGAAAGGGAUGAGAGUCCAUUUGCAAAUGGUCAACCGAUUAGAUUCAAAAUGGUCCGGUCGUCCAUUUUCUUCCACAUUUUUUUUCCGUCUACGUUUUCCAUCCUAUUUUUCUUUCCUAGGAUUUUCUAGGAUCCAAAUGGACCCCAAAUAGGGUUUAGAGGAAAUCAAUUUCUGCAGACGCAUAUUAACUGCUGAGUUGGGAUGAUGGAGAAUCCUAUGAAUUGAUGAUCAGUGGGACAGCACAGAUGCCCUAUAUUUAGUUAGCAUCUAAAGCUACUGGUAAUAACAUUAGCAGUCUAAUUAGAAAUCAAACACACCAGAUGGGCAUGAAGUUCCUAAUAAGUAACAAUGGUUUUGAUUGAAGAUGACCAUGAAAUAUAAAGUAUCGCCUUUAAAGAGGGGGCAAAAGCAUGAAAGGUUUGUAAUGCAUUUCUCUUUUGGCAUAACAUUUGCAUAUCUCCAUGGUUCUAACCACCAGCUGCCAGUAAAACUCCUUGGAGACCGAGCAUUUCUUGGUUACGUGAUGAAGUCUGCAAACCGAGAAAUGUUAAGACGUUUACAACAGGAUGGGGGCUGGGUCAUUGAUAAAAACGGUUUUAUUGACAGACUCUUGGUAAUGGUAGUAUAAAUCUCGUCCACUCUCCAAUCCAACUGCCACAAACUACUAUAUGUAGUUCCAUUUCUGAAGAGCGAAUGGAGAAGCUAUCCAGAUACAGGAUCAAGAAGGCGAAGAGGAACUUCGGCAGGAAAAUCAAGUAUGCUUGCAGGAAGGCGUUGGCAGACAAUCAACCGAGGAUCCGUGGGAGAUUUGCAAAAACUGAAGAAGUGGAUGCAUCCAAGAAGCAUUGACUGUUCAGCACUCCACGAAUAAGCUAGCUAGAACACAGAGGGAUGCUGGUACUGGAUAGUUAUUCGCUGGUAGGAGUUGCUCGUUUUCUGUUUGAUGAUCUGUAAUUAGUUGCAAUAAUGUUCCGGGUAGAUUUGUAAUCCGGUUACAGAUGAGGUGUAUAGUGUUGGCUGAAUAAGAAUUACAAUCGUCUGUAUGGUUUCUUCCAAAAUUUUCAAGUGUUCCAAUCUAUUCCCCAGGCACGCAAGGCCAUGAGACAUUUGGUGUGCCAGUUCUGAGUAUUUGCUUCUCAUGAUUUUCGACUGGAAAUAACUUGAGCACGAAUUG